AUGGCGGAUACCGCGACUACAGCAUCGGCGGCGGCAGCCAGUGCAGCGAACGCCUCGACCGAUGCACCCCCUUUCCAGUUGGGCAAACCCCGCUUCCAGCAGACUUCCUUCUAUGGCCGCUUCAGGCACUUCUUGGAUAUCAUUGACCCUCGUACCCUCUUUGUCACCGAGAGACGUCUCCGGGAGGCUGUGCAGCUGCUGGAGGACUACAAGCAUGGGACCUUGCGCCCUGGGGUCACCAAUGAACAGCUCUGGAGUGCUCAGAAAAUCAAGCAGGCUAUUCUGCAUCCAGACACCAAUGAGAAGAUCUUCAUGCCCUUUAGGAUGUCAGGUUACAUUCCUUUCGGGACUCCAAUUGUGGUUGGUCUUCUGUUGCCCAAUCAGACGCUGGCGUCCACCGUUUUCUGGCAGUGGUUGAACCAGAGCCACAACGCUUGUGUCAACUAUGCAAACCGCAAUGCUACCAAGCCUUCCCCUGCAUCAAAGUUCAUCCAGGGCUACCUGGGAGCGGUCAUCAGUGCCGUCUCGAUUGCGGUGGGCCUUAAUGUCCUGGUGCAGAAAGCCAACAAGUUCACCCCCGCCACUCGCCUCCUGGUCCAGAGGUUUGUGCCGUUCCCUGCCGUAGCCAGUGCCAACAUCUGCAACGUGGUCCUGAUGCGGUACGGAGAACUGGAGGAGGGCAUUGACGUCCUGGACGGGGAUGGCAACCUCGUAGGCUCCUCCAAGAUCGCAGCCAGACACGCCCUGCUAGAGACGGCGCUGACCCGGGUGGUCCUCCCCAUGCCCAUCCUGGUGCUGCCCCCGAUCGUCAUGUCCAUGCUGGAGAAAACAGCUCUUCUGCAGGCGCGUCCCCGGCUGCUCCUCCCCGUGCAAAGCCUCGUGUGCCUGGCAGCCUUCGGCCUGGCCCUGCCGCUGGCCAUCAGCCUCUUCCCACAGAUGUCAGAGAUUGAAACAUCCCAGCUGGAGCCAGAGAUCGCCCGGGCCACCAGCAGCCGGACAGUGGUGUACAAUAAGGGGCUGUGAGUGGCACCGGCCAGCCUGGGGAUGGAGCGUCGGCUGGGCUGGGGGUGGGUGGGCAGGGAGAGCGUCUCCAGGGGUUACACCAGCAGGAAGAGGCACACAGACACCCCCCGGCCCUGGGCCACCCCACCCUGGGGGGUGUCUUCAGCCCACAGUGGUAGGAAAACUAACCCAUGCGUAUUUAACAUAGGGCAGAGGGAUUCCCACACAGUUCCUAUCAGAAUUAAUCAAGUGCAUUGCUGGGUCUUCCCUGGGGUUGCCACCACUCCGCUCAGCAUAAACCGAUGUGAGGCUGCAGAUUUGUAGAGCACCUACUGGGUAGAAUUAGCAUUCUUUUAUACUUUGUUUCCUUUUGAUUUUUAUUUUUGUAUCAAAAUCAAGUCUUAGCUUGGCUGCCCAGAAGUGAUGUUGGACAGGUGGGGGGAACAGGAGUAGGCCCCGGGUGGGGUGGGGUAUAGAUUUAGGAUUUGGAGGGAGGCAAGUGGUCUGCCCCAGGGGUGGGCCAGCAGGCUCGAGCUCCCAGUGGUCUUGGAGUCAGGCACUGAAGUUUCUGGAAGCUCCUCCAACAGCUGGCCCCAAGCGAGACCAUCCCGGCCAUCCACACAGCUGCCGCAGAGCCAGUCUCGGCCUGAAGCCUGUGACACUCUGGGGCUGGGGCCCACCUGCACGGAGCCCUGACUGAUGGGGGCUGGGUGAGAUGACUCCAACUGCAGGGGCCCAGAGGAACAAGACUGUGGAACUAGAGCCUGCACUUCGCCCGGCUGGAAGCUUCUCUGUGGUACAACAGGCUGAGGCCGUGCUGAGCUGGGCCCUGGGUGGGGGUAGAGGGGUGCUGGGUGCUGUUCAGGGAGCCCCUCCAAAACUGAGGCUGCCGCCCCUCCCCACCAUUUCCUGAAUCGGAGAGUCUCAUGGCUGAGAGUGUGCAGGCCUGAACUCCAGGCACUAUCUGAGAGGUGCACCAACGCCGGCGCCCCAUACUAUGUACACCAACCCCCAGCUCCCGUUCCAAUGGGUGGAGUGACACUGGAAAGCCCCCUCCCUUCUCUGUGCCUCCACACCCCACCUGGAACCAGAGGACGGGACGGAGGGAUCCCUGUGUUCCAUCGCCGCUGGCCUUCCCCACAGAUGCUAGCUCUCCGCGGUACUGCUUCAAUAUGGACGCCAGACGGGUGCAGGGGCAGGCCCAUUUGGGCAUGGCCAACUCUGACCUUGCCCUUCUGGACCAGACCCCACGUCCCCGCAGCCGCUGACCUCUGCCAAACACUUUGUCAUUGUGCAGGAAGAAGCAGAUGGGGUCGGGGUGGGGCCACACCACAGGCUACCGGUCACCCUGCACAGACACCCAGAGACCAGCACAGCUGCUCCCCUCGCCUUCCCUCCAUGGGUGCCCUGCAGAGGGAAGCUGGGCAUGAGGUGGGGAGGCGGGAGCAGGGCAGAGCCCCUCUCUGGGCCCCACCUGGGGUCAGGGGCCUUGAUGUACAGCCCCAGGAUUUCCCCUGCCCUGACUCAGGCGGGGGAGGGGGUGACUGGGACUUCAGCCCAAACGGUGAAUGGAUGCAAUUCAGGAAAAGGGGCUGGAGCAAAGUAAAGAGACCCCCACACCCCACACUCCCCCUCCUGCUCCCCCCACCCCCAGGGCAGGAGCCGGUUUGGUGCGGAAGGGUCUUGCAUAAACACUGACACCACCUGGGUGCCAAGAGCCAUGCCCCCGUCUCUACCAGCUAGGGCUGCGAAGGACCUCCCCUGGGAGACCCCCACUAUCCUGAGGAGCAGCCCACCCGCUCAUUGGGAAGGGGAGAUGGCAGAGCAAGCCUGGAGGGGUGGGACCUAGUCGGGGGAGGCGGGGGGCCGGGCAGGCCUGGCUCUUCUUUGGAACCACUCGAUGUAAGCUUGUGCCACCCACUUCAUGGGUUCUUGUCCUCGUGCACUUUACCUGGGGACCACAACUGCCCACUCCCGGGGGCCCAACUGAGCUGGGAGCCACUCCAUCCCCCUCUGCUGGCUCCUGUGGCUUCUGCUGUUCUGUCUUGUCCCCUGGAUGAUUUGUGAUCAUGCUCCCACAUGCAGUUUCAGGUGAGCUGGCGUGGCUCCUCCUGGGAGCGCCGGUUGACCAAGGAUCCUUAUAGCUCGGGCUGAUGGUGACGGGCCCACGGGCCACACUGCUAAGCUCAGGUCUGGCACAGAAAUCCCCAUGAAGAAAUUCCCAUCCAACAUUCACCUCCUGACUCUGAUGGGGCCAGAGGAAGGGAGGCCUGGGGGGUAGGAGGGGGGUGCUUGCGGGGAGAGACUAGCUUAUGACCAUGGAGGGGAUGGAGCCUGGGCCCAGGGAA